AUGGGUGCCACAAGAGCAGCUCCAGCAACCCGAAGAAAUGCUGCGAAAGCAUCGCUAACAGCAGAUUCUUCGGGCUUGCAAUCUCAACCCCCUAAAAGCGCGCCUACGUCAUCGAAGAGGAAGCGAAAUUCCGAGCCUGAGGCCAAUCCUCCAAAGACGCCUGUUAAGAAAGGUGCCCCUAGCCCAGUGGAAGUGGUUGAUUUGACGGGUGGCUCUCCUACCUCCGGUCCGACAAAGAAAAGGAGAAGCUCCAAGACUAAGCAGUCGCCAUCUGAACCUGUAGCCGAACGCAGGGCCAGGGUCUUUCGCAAGCAUCCACCCAAGUCAUAUUUGGAGAGAUGUGCGCGUGCAACGAGUCAAAGGAUGUUUGUCGUUGGAAAAACUGUCACUGGGGCCGACAAAACCCCUGAGAUGGCAUUUGAUAUCGUUGGGUCGACAGGCAAUAUCUACAAAACAACUAUUGGCAAGGUGCCGACUUGCGAUUGUCCGGAUGCCCAGAAGGGAAACCAGUGCAAGCAUAUCUGUUAUGUUCUAGCAAUUGUGCUCAAGACUCCUCAGCAUCUCCAGUACCAGUUGGCGUUUUUGUCCUCGGAACUUCUCCAGAUCUACCAGGAGUCAUCCCUCAGUGCCCCAGAGACCACGCCCAAGAGCAACGACGGUAACCGAAAAGCAAUCGACGGGGACUGUCCCAUCUGUUUCAUGGAGUUUGAAGCGAACGAGGAUAUUGUUUGGUGUCGAGCAGCUUGUGGAAACAACAUCCACAAAACUUGUUUCCAGCAGUGGGCUGCUACCCAGCGAAAUCAGGGUGUGACUUGCGUCUAUUGCCGCUCUCCCUGGCAGUCAGAUACCAGUGAUGUGAACCUAGAAAACCUCGUGAAAGAAGGCACGGUGAACGAGGAGGGUUACAUCAACGUGGCUGAACAGAUGGGCCUCUCCGGAAGUCGCGAUUAUUCAACCUAUCAUCAGCCCUGGGUUUUCCAACAAAUGUAUGGUGGUCGGUACCGUGGUCGACGGUCUUACUACGGUUAUUACUAA